GGGCGGCCGGGGCGGGGAGGCGGCGGUGCUGAGCCCGCGGAGCCUGACGGGCCGGCCAUGAGCGACCGCGAGCGCAACAAGAAGCGGCUGCUGGAGCUGCUGCACGCGGCGGACACCGGCAACGCGCGCUGCGCCGACUGCGGGGCGCCGGAUCCUGACUGGGCCUCUUACAAGCUGGGGAUCUUCAUCUGUCUGCACUGCUCCGGAGUCCACCGCAACUUUCCCGAGAUCAGCAAAGUCAAAUCCGUGCGGCUUGACUUCUGGGACGACAGCAUUGUGGAGUUUAUGACUCACAAUGGAAACCUCCAUGUGAAGGCCAAGUUCGAAGCCAGUGUCCCAGCCUUCUACUACAUCCCCCAGGCCAGUGACUGCUCGGUCUUAAAGGAGCAAUGGAUUCGAGCUAAGUAUGAGAGACAGGAGUUUAUGGCUGAUGGGAAACCACUCUCCUCGCCAGGUAACCGAGAAGGAAUCCUGUGGAAGCGGGGCAGGGACAAUGGACAGUACCUGAGGAGAAGGUUCGUCCUGCUGGCGAGAGAAGGCCUCCUUAAGUACUACACCAAGGAGCAGGGUAAAGGCCCCAAAGCUGUCAUCAGUAUCAAGGACUUGAAUGCCACUUUCCAGACAGAGAAGAUAGGGCACCCCCAUGGGCUGCAGAUCACCUACGGGAGAGAGAGCCACACUCGGAACCUGUUCCUAUACCACGAGAGUGGGAAGGAGAUCGUGGACUGGUUCAAUGCCCUCCGAGCAGCCCGUCUGCAAUACCUAAAAAUGGCCUUUCCUGACCUCCCGGAGGCUGAGCUUGUGCCCCUCAUCACCAGGAACUACCUCAAACAAGGCUUCAUGGAAAAGACUGGCCCAAAGCAGAGAGAACCUUUCAAGAAAAGGUGGUUUGCCUUGGAUCCCCAGGAGCGGAGGCUGCUCUAUUAUAAGAACCCCCUGGAUGCCUUCGAGCAGGGCCAGGUUUUUCUUGGGAGCAAGGAGCAGGGAUACGAAGUCCUUGAAGAGCUGCCGAAGGGCGUCCGAGGGAGUCGCUGGAAAGCUGGCCUCACCAUUGUCACCCCGCAUCGGAGAUUUGUCCUCACCUGCCCCAGCGAGAAGGAGCAGCGGGAAUGGCUGGAGAGCUUUCGGGAUGUCCUUUCUCGCCCCUUGACGCCCCUCCACCUCCUCGGUGAGCAGCGGGGGGCCAGGGCCGGCUCUCUGGGCUGAGGGUAGAGGGGCCUUCUGCACGGGGCUCAGCUGUGAGGCCAGAAGAGCCCUGACUCUGCGCUUUCCAUGGUCUUCGCUUCCUGCCUAAGAAAAGCACAGAUGUUGUGCAUUAUUGCCCCAGAGUCCCCUGGGCACCCCAAGGCUCCUCUAACAGAGCCCCUGUCUAUGAGCUUCCAGAGAAUCUGGCCCUGGCUGAACACUUGAGGCCGCCUCUCCCCUGCCUGCCUGAGCGGCUGGGCAGCCCUCGUCCCUUUUCUCAUGAGAAACCCCUGGCCAGGUGUUACUAGCUGAGGUCACCCCGCUGGGCUGUUGCUGGGAUCCUGGAUUCCUCACUGGAGGGGAGGCUAUUUAUAAUGCUUUCUUUUCCCUCAUCCUCCCUUCUGUCUCUCUCUCCUGCUCCUUGUCACAAGGAGGCUUCCCUAUCUUUUGGUGCCCCUGGGAAAAGGCCAGAUGUCUUGAACUAGAACAGAAAACUUCUGACCCAGGGCCCAGCUUCUGGGCAUGAAGGAAAAGUUCUGUUUGGAAAAGUAUAGCCAGAACAGGUAACCCCCACAGAGUCCCUUGGGGGGAGCCCUGUGCCCUCUGAGUCUGCUGAGGAUAAGGACAAACUCUCUUCACUGUCCCAAUUCUUUGUGUUGUUGUUUUGGUACUAGGGAUCAAACUCAGGACUUUGUGCUUUCAAGGCAGGUGCGGUGCCACUGAGCUAAAUCCUGGGCCCCAGCUGUCCCAAUUCUCGAAGCCAAAAGAAUUCAGAAAUGAAAAAGGGACGCCGCUGCUUUCUUUUGUCCCUGGGCCUGGGUGUCUGAGUCUCUUGGUUCCUUUCCUUCUAUGUGUCUCUGUCUCUUCAAUGUUUACUCCCUCUCUAGGGUAUGUAUGGGGGGGGGGGGACGGCAUGAGUGUGUGUGUGUGUAUG